UAAGGAUGUUGCAAAUCUGUGUCCUAAUCAUCAGUAGUUUCUCGUCUGUCCUUUUACACAUAGAUCAUGAGGCCCUUGGUGCUUUUUACGCUAAUUCAUCAGAUCAAUUGUGCUCUUUUGACGAUAUACGAAACACAUAUUCAGACAGUUACUGAAUCUGUUCAAGAAAUUGCAUUUGAAACACUAACACAGUGGAGCACAAAUUAUAUCGAAACGACCACAACUCAUACUUCUACAAUUGUUACGACGACUACGAUGGAAGCGCUGGAUGCCCAUGCUCUGUUUAGGCACAACGACAAGAGACAGCUCCACGUGAACACAUCAGAUCUCUUAUGGGAUGAAUCUUUAGCUCAGGAAGCCCAAUUCUUUGCAGAUGGAUACAAUUGUAACGGAACACUUAUCCACUCAGAUGCAAAGAGUCAAUACGGUGAGAAUCUAGCACUGGGAUACGACACCAUCAGCGCAAUCGAUGCGUGGUACAACGAAAUCGAUCUGUACGAUUACGACAAUCCCGUAUUUUCUAGUGAUACGGGUCAUUUUACACAGCUCGUAUGGAAAAGUUCCACAUUGUUAGGAUGUGGCUACAAGUACUGUGAUUCGUAUUUCGGCCAGUACACCGUGUGUAGGUACGCCAUUUCUGGCAAUUGGGCAGAUCAAUUUGUUGAUAAUGUCCUACCCUUGGCCUGAACUUGCGACUUCGCUUCUUACGCACGCAUGCUCUAUGUUACGCACACGUUCUGAGAAUUACGC